AUGCUUAUUGAUCACAACUACUGUCCUGACAGUCUCACAAUAGCUGUAGCAGCCCAGAAUGGCGAUCUGGAUAUAUUCGAGAAGCUACAGCCACUGAAACGACUGAGAACAUCCCUAGCUUUCAACAAGGGACUCCUUUACUAUGCAGUAAAAGGAGGAAACACGAAGAUCCUGCAAGAACUUAUAAAGGCUGGCGAAGACGUGAAUGAGAUUUGCAACACGCUCUCUCCUGAACGCAGCCCUCUUCAAAAGGCUACAGAAGACGGAAAUUUGACAAUGGUGAACAUACUCCUCGAAGCAGGUGCGGAUGUCAAUGUACCUGCAGCAGAAGGAUACGGCGCAACUGCUCUACAGCUUGCGGCAAUUAAAGGUUUACUCGGCCUUGCGAACACUUUCAUCGAUCUAGGGGCGAGCGUCAAUGCGCCUCGAGCUAGGAAAGGCGGAAGAACCACCAUAGAGGGUGCAGCAGAACACGGCAAGAUAGACAUGAUUGUCUUCUUGCUGGGCCAAGGCGUCAAGACAACCGGAAAUGGCAGGCUUCAGUACUUGCGGGCAAUAAAGUUUGCUGAGAGACGAGGACACUUAACUGCAGCAAGAUUGCUGAGGAAUCACCGAGAAUGGACAUUGGAUGAUCAUUCCUGGUGGGACGAGCUGGAGGAUCUACCUGACGAGGGCUGGGAGGACUUCCAUGAAGAUUAUUUUGAGGAUCUACGCCCCAUCUCAAAAAACCAAGAGGAGACCCUCCUGGGGAGCGAACCGACUGAAGUCAGGGCCGAAGUGACAGCUGAGGAAUCGCAUCCAGAACCCGUGGAUGUCACAGAUGCGUUUUGCGGUGUACCCGGCGACAUGGACUGGCAGAAUUCGAUUGGGACCUUUGAAACAAUGGCAGGAGACUUCGAUGAGCCCUGGAUUGGGGCUGGUUACGUUUAG